ACCAAGGUAACAUUAUAAGAAUAGGAACAUCCACAAAAUAUUAAAUGCAUUCUUCGCAUAUCACUUACGUGAAAGAAACACCGCGACCAAGAAAACGCAAGCCGAGUCAAAAGGUGGUAGAAGCCGCAAGCUUAAAUGACGAAACAAGCGGAGGAAAGCAUGCCAAUAAAAGACCAAAAAGCAACAAGUCAAAGUCGGGAGACGUUCGAACACCCAAACCUAAGGUUAACAAAGAUGUUCCUGCAGAGGAUCAACCCAGUCCAGUGUCACAACAAAAGCAGAAAAUUAAGUACCUCUUAAAGCCCCUGGAAGGGGUGAAAAGGCUCCUCUCAGACCUCUUCACCGAAGAAGAACUCAUGCGGUGUACUCUGAAGGGGAAGGGGAGGUCCAGGGAUGUCCUGGACAGCAACAAGCUGCAGAUGAUUUAUGGUGCAAUGAGAGGAAAUUAUGGGAUCACAGAUGAGAAAGUGGACCAGCUGAUUAGAAAUCAGCAAAAAUCCUUAAAAGACAAAACCAAAAAAAGUCUUCAGUACAGCUAAGUGAAAUCUCUAUUGUUUGUGUAAAAUGUUCGCUUUAGAGGUUUUUUUUUAAUCAUAGAGAUAUAUUAGCUUGCCUAGCACUUUUUGUUGUAUACCAACUUUUUGUCGAAUCUGGUUUUGUCUUUUAACGAUUUUUGCUGAUUUCUAUAACGUUAUAGAAGGCACUGUUCACGUUGUAUCCGAAAAUUAUAAAGUUGAUAUCAAAUAUAUAAAGUUGGGUAUUAAAUUUUGAGAUAAUUGUAAUUUAGUUCUGUAUUAUAAAAAAAUAAAUUUCUUGCUGGAAAAUAUUGCUAGCUACUUGUAAUAAAUUAACGGAUAUCCAAGAAAGUCGUAUGAUAUUCUGCAAAAUGACAAUAUAUCGCAAAAUAAAAUAUAUAUCGCAAAAUAAAAUGUUAUUGUCGACAACAAUAACCUAAAUUUCCUACAAUUCCGAAAAAUCUCAUAAUAUCCGAUUAUGCAUUCACUAAAAUCCAAGAAAAUUCCGAAAAAUCUCAUAAUAUCCGAUUAUGCAUUCACUAAAACCCAAGAAAAUCUAAUAUUGCCUAAGAAUAUCGCACUUUAUUGCAAAAGAAACAACGCAUUUCCUGUCACAUUCAUGCAUAUUCCAAACAAUCGCAUUAUAUCCAAAUGGAUAUUCCAGAAUACCGUAGAAAAUCCUGUUUAAAGUAAGUCUAUGCCUUUUCAGAUAUCCUAGAAUAUCCUGGAAUAUCGGUCCAAAUUUACCGUGAAAAUUCACACCUUGAUCGUAGAAUAUCCUAGGAAAUCGCAGGAUGUUCUAAGAUGAAUAUCGUGAGAUAUUCAAGGAUAUUACAGAAAGUCUUGGAAUAUCCCAGUUUCAUUUCGCACAGGGGAAUGAGUACUUUUACCUCAAAUCCACUAUGGUAGUGUGAUUUGCUGAUAUACUUAAUGUAUAGCAAUUUGAUAUGUAUUUGUUUAUUGUUUUUAAUUUUAAAGAGAAUAAAAUAGCACCCAGUUUUUUGUGAGGAACUUUUAUAAUUAAUACUCCUUUUUAAAUAAAUAUGACCUCCCUUUACACCUGAAAGCCUUCCCUGUUAAUCAAAGCAUAAAUUUAUUUUGCUAAUUUUGCUGUAUCAGUUGUCUAUCAAGUAUAGUUUAGUUAAUGAUAUCCUUAGUAAUGUCAAUAAAUGCUUUUAUUCCCUAGGAGGACAUAUUUUAAUAAAAAAUGCAGUAUUUAUAGAACAUGCAAUCUUUAUAUGUUUAACAUAUUGUGCCGUUUUUGUGGGUGGAGGAACAUGAUGCAUAAUGAAAGUGCAGGGAAGGGGGAUUCUACACAAGUUUAUGCUGAAAAAAAGUCAUGCUGGCUCCGCUUUUAGGCAGUGCCUAAAUCUAUAUAUUAAUUAACUCUGUAAUCUGAUAAAACUAGAGCAAAACAGUGCUAAGCCCCGCAUAAUCGUACAGGAAUCGAACGAUCAAACACGCGCACGACGAUUUCCCCUGAUAUAGCCGGAUCAAGUUUUUACGGUGUAAUACAGACAAUAAAGUUAUAAAAAGGCCUAAUUGGCUUCAAGUCGGUGUGGUGUCGUGUGUUAUAUCAGUAAAGGCGACCGGAAGGGAAAUUAAUUACAAGUAAUACAGGCAAUUACCAAUUACCUGGACAAGGAGGAAUUGGAAGUUGAUAAAUUACAGGCUAUUUUGGAAGCAGUGAAGAAUUUGUUAAAUCAAAGCCUCAGUUUUCUAUGCGAAGAGAGUUUAAGAUUGCCGGUCAGAUUGGCUCAAUAAAGAUCAAUAAAGAUCACCUCAGCUUUUCAAGUCUAGUACAUCAAAUUGAAGCCGGCACAAGUAAUGGGUAUACUGAGAAAGAAAUUAUGGGAGCUGUCAGAAAAGCAGUUAACCCAGGUCUUUGUUUGAGAACGGGUAAACAGGGUUUGAAUUUAGUCCAGACAAGAAGAAUGUUGAGGGCACAUUAUAAGGAGAAAAGUGCCACAGAGCUGUAUUCACAGCUGACAACAGCCGUCCAAGCCUCUAGUGAGUCCCCUCAAGAUUUUCUUGUCAUUCUGCUUGAUCUGAGACAGAAAGUAUUAUUGGCAUCCC